AUGACUGAAUUCCUGGACGAGGCGGAAACGCUCCAGACAAACAUGGAGGGCAUAAAGCAGCUGAGCGAGUCUCUCGCGACCUUCAACGAAUCCUUUGCAAGCUGGCUUUACGUGAUGAAUAUGAACGCAUUGACGACCGAUUGGAUACAGAUUCGUUUAGACUCGCUCAACAAAGAGCAGGUCCGUCGUGACGAGCUAGCCCAAUCUUUUGCAAUUGUUAACCUUGAUUUAGAGAAACACGCUAGGGAAGCCGCGGAAGCCCUGCAACGGGCUCAAGCCGAGGAGAAAGCUAGGAUGGAGCGGGAAGCUUUACAGGCACAAGCGCAGGCGCAGGCGGAUAGGACGGCAAUGACUGAAAUGACCGAGGUCGAUACAACAUACUUGGCCAAUACGACCACGGCGACUACCAGCACAACAAACAAAUCUGCGCUCCCGCCCAAGAAGAAACCCGGUGCAAAGCCAAAGAUGACAGCCAAGGAGAGAAAAGAACGAUCGAUGGAAUUGGAGCGUAUAAUCUCUUGUCUUCCUCUGGAGUUCCGAGGGAGCGACCCUGGCCUUCGUCGAAACAUGGAAACUGUCAUUGAGGGUCUGAUGAACGCUCCCAACAACACGGUGAAACUUCCCGACCUCAUCAAACCCCCCGAUUUAAACCAAGCACGUGUGAACAAGUGUCUCAUUGCCCUAGUAAAUCGGAAGGCUGUCCAGAAAGACAAUAGUACGGGAACUGUCCUGUACCGCUGGGUCGGUAUACCAUGA